GCGGCCUGCGCCCGGGCUGCGGGCGCGGCGGGCCGGGAGCGCCUCUGCGGCCGUGCGGGGGGGCCGGGAGACGCGGCCCCGCUGGCCCGGUCGCUCGGGGUCCCCGCGGCCCGGCGGAGGGCCAGGAGGGCGCGGCUCGAGUCCUAUCCUUUUGUUGGACGGCGCGACUCGCGGGGUUGCCCGGGAGAGACGCGAGCCGGACGAGAGGCCCUGGGAGCGCCGCUCCGACAGAGGCGCGGGGACCCCGGGGCGUUGGGGGGCUUGAUCUGCGCCCUGGGGCCCCUGAGUGUCAGUGGUGGUGUUGUCCCUUGUCACCUGGAACCCCAUGCAGCCGGAACCCAGGCCUAGCGGGGCUGGGGUCCACGCCCGAUUUCUGCCCCUGAGGUCGCAGCGCCCUGAGGGUUCAGGGGACACAGUGAUGUACGCCUCCACCGAGUGCAAGGCUGAGGUGACACCCUCCCAGCAUGGCAACCGCACUUUCAGCUACACGCUGGAGGACCACACCAAGCAGGCCUUCGGAAUCAUGAAUGAACUGCGGCUCAGCCAGCAGCUGUGCGAUGUCACACUUCAGGUCAAGUACCAGGAUGCACCGGCUGCACAGUUCAUGGCCCACAAGGUGGUUCUGGCCUCAUCCAGCCCUGUCUUCAAGGCCAUGUUCACCAACGGGCUGCGGGAGCAGGGUAUGGAGGUGGUAUCCAUCGAGGGCAUCCAUCCCAAGGUCAUGGAGCGUCUCAUCGAGUUUGCCUAUACAGCCUCUAUCUCCAUGGGUGAGAAGUGUGUGCUCCAUGUCAUGAACGGUGCCGUCAUGUACCAGAUCGACAGCGUCGUCCGUGCCUGCAGUGACUUUCUGGUGCAGCAGCUGGACCCCAGCAAUGCCAUCGGCAUCGCCAACUUCGCUGAGCAGAUUGGCUGUGCUGAGCUUCACCAGCGUGCCCGGGAGUAUAUCUACAUGCACUUCGGGGAGGUGGCCAAGCAAGAGGAGUUCUUCAACCUGUCCCACUGCCAGCUGGUGACCCUCAUCAGCCGGGAUGAUCUGAAUGUGCGCUGCGAGUCUGAGGUCUUCCACGCCUGUAUCAACUGGGUCAAGUACGACUGUGAGCACCGACGCUUCUAUGUACAGGCGCUGCUGCGGGCCGUGCGCUGCCACUCGCUGACGCCCCACUUCCUGCAGAUGCAGCUGCAGAAGUGUGAGAUCUUGCAAUCAGACUCCCGCUGCAAGGACUACCUGGUCAAGAUCUUCCAGGAGCUCACCCUGCACAAGCCCACACAGGUGAUGCCCUGCCGGGCGCCCAAGGUGGGCCGGCUCAUCUACACGGCUGGUGGCUAUUUCCGCCAGUCACUCAGCUACCUGGAGGCCUACAACCCCACCGAUGGCACAUGGCUCCGGUUGGCAGACCUGCAGGUGCCUCGGAGUGGCCUGGCAGGCUGCGUGGUGGGUGGGCUGCUGUAUGCCGUGGGCGGCCGGAACAACUCGCCUGAUGGCAACACCGACUCCAGCGCCCUGGACUGCUACAACCCCAUGACCAACCAGUGGUCACCUUGUGCCCCCAUGAGUGUCCCACGCAACCGAAUUGGGGUAGGGGUCAUCGAUGGGCACAUCUAUGCCGUUGGUGGCUCCCAUGGAUGCAUCCACCACAACAGUGUGGAGAGGUAUGAGCCGGAGCGUGAUGAGUGGCACUUGGUGGCCCCAAUGCUGACUCGAAGAAUCGGGGUGGGAGUGGCUGUUCUCAACCGGCUGCUCUAUGCUGUUGGGGGCUUUGACGGGACGAACCGACUCAACUCAGCCGAAUGUUACUAUCCAGAGAGAGAUGAGUGGCGAAUGAUCACACCCAUGAACACCAUCCGAAGUGGGGCAGGAGUCUGUGUCCUGCACAACUGUAUUUAUGCUGCUGGAGGCUACGAUGGUCAGGACCAGCUGAACAGUGUGGAGUGCUACAACGUGGAGACAGAAACGUGGACUUUCGUAGCUCCCAUGAAGCAUCGGCGAAGUGCCCUGGGGAUUACUGUGCACCAGGGGAGAAUCUAUGUUCUCGGGGGCUACGACGGCCACACAUUCCUGGACAGCGUGGAGUGUUAUGACCCAGACACGGACACCUGGAGCGAGGUUACCUGCAUGACAUCUGGCCGGAGCGGUGUGGGCGUCGCUGUCACCAUGGAGCCCUGCCGGAAGCAGAUCGACCAGCAGAACUGUACCUGUUGAACCACUUUGGUUUUCUUGGGCAAAAAAUGGUCCCAUCAAGAAUAUUGUCAUUUUUGUACAAAAACAGGAACAAAAGAAAAGCGACAGAGCAAAUGCUUGUCCACCAGGAUGCGAGGCUGAGAUGCCCUAGUGUGAGAAUGACUACUUGAGAGGAAAAAGACCAGAGUGGGAACCCGUGAGCCUGUCCGAAUAGUCCCAGGAAUGUCCAAGAGAGUGCCUGGGGCAGGUGGUGGGGAGGGGGGUCCAGAAGGGUGGGUUCCUGGGAAAGAAAACCUCCCGUCCACUAUCCCGAGACGAGCCCUGGGUCCCACACCAGCAGACGCCACCUCCCUUUGGGGUGAAAGCAAGUCCCGAGGUCAGGCUGGGUUUUGUCCCCUGUGUCUCUGUGAUUGGUUCCUAGAGGACUGGGAAGGAGCCAACUGAGGCCUUGGGGGUGAGGCCCUUCAGGAGGUGGGGACCCCGGGAUGCGCCUGUACAUAGAAACCACUGGAUAUUUUUGUCCUGGACAGUCAUUUUGUUGAUAAAUAAUCCUGUAACUUUCCAAUGAAAAUAAAGAACAAACUAACUAGUGUCUUC